GUGCUACCGGCUGCCCUCGCCCGCUUGCAUCGGUGCGGGUCGGCGGGAAGAAAGCUGAGGCUGAACGCGGUGGUGAAGCAGUCGGCGACCCUCUGAGAUGACCCCUCUGGGGGGUCGGUGUGGGGAGCAAAGCACUUGCCAGGGGCGCCUGGUGAGGCAGAGGGGCGCUGUCCCACCUGGAGAUAUCCCAUGCUAUCCCGCCAUGUACAGAGGCUGGGUAAAGAUUGGGUUUCCCACUGGAAUCUUGCUUCAAGAUUUCAAAGUGGCCAAGCUUUUUGGUGCAUGAAGUAUGUUAAAUACUAUCCUUGGAUGUGUUCUCCACAUUUGAAUCCUUCGGAUUACCUGGUUUGCUGGAGACUUCCUCUUUUCUGGAACUGGCAGCUUCCUAACCUUGUACAAAACCGUUCCUUUCAUCUCUGCACGGCUAAGAUGAAAUCUGAGGAAGAUGAGCCACCUUUAAAACGAAGGAGACACAGUGGGAAUCUGGACUUUAAUUGCAGUCCUACUGAAAAACAAAGCAGCUCUUCUUCAAAUGAAACGCUUUCACCUCCUCCAACAAAAUGUGAAGAAGAAGGAAGUCCCAAACCCAGAGGUUCAAUCAAAAGACACUGGGAAUAUUUUUGUCAACAAAGUAAAAAAAUGAAGAUCCUCAAAGAUGAGGAACAGAUCAGCCAGGACAGCACAGAGACAAAUGGGAAGUUUGAUUUCACUGUGAUGUCAUACAACAUCCUUUCCCAGGACCUGUUAGAAGACAACUCUCACCUGUAUAAACACUGCCGGCGGCAUAUACUAGCUUGGAACUAUCGCUUUCCUAACAUUCUCAAUGACAUCAAGGAACUGGAUGCUGAUAUACUUUGUUUGCAAGAGGUACAGGAAGACCAGUAUGGAAUAGAGAUCAAGCCAAGUUUGGAAGCCUUAGGUUAUCAUUGUGAGUACAAGAUGAGGACAGGAAGGAAGCCAGAUGGCUGUGCCACGUGCUUCAAGUCCUCCAAGUUCAAUCUGCUCUCAUCCAACCCAGUGGAGUUCUUCCGUCGCAACAUCCCGCUCCUGGACAGGGAUAAUGUGGGCCUGGUCUUGCUCCUGCAGCCUCAGUUUUCCUGCAAGGCCGCCAGCACCGUCUGUGUGGCCAAUACACAUCUUCUGUACAAUCCGAGACGCGGAGACAUUAAACUCACCCAGCUCGCCAUGCUGCUGGCAGAAGUGACCAACGUCGCUCUUCGGGAAGAUGGGCGCUUCUCUCCCCUUAUCCUCUGUGGCGACUUCAAUUCUGUCCCCCACUCUCCACUGUACAACUUCUUAAGGGAAGGAAAGCUGAAUUACGAAGGACUGGCGAUAGGGAAAGUGUCUGGCCAGGAGCAGUCCCCACGGGGCAAUAGGAUACUCACCAUCCCCAUAUGGCCUCAAAGCCUUGGCAUUUCUCAGGACUGCAUGUACGAGGAGCAGCAGAAGCAGCUAGAAAGAGAGAGAGAGAGACAAGGGACCAAAGAAGCAGGUUUGGAAAAUUCAGAAGAGAUGGUAAUGGUUAAAAAAAGGUUACCCACAGAUUUGCACCACAGUUUCCGGUUGUCUUCAGUCUACUCCCACUAUCUGCCCGAUAGCAGCAUCCCAGAAGUAACAACCUGCCACUCCAGAAGCGCCGUCACUGUGGAUUACAUCUUCUACUCUGCAGCACAAGACACGAGGGCUGAAGAGCCAGGAGCCGGCCGCCUAUUUGAUGGGGGCCUGAAUCUUCUUGGCCGAUUGGCGCUGGUAACAGAGCAAGAUCUGUGGGCAGUCAAAGGGCUUCCCAACGAAACCAACUCCUCUGACCACCUCCCUCUCCUGGCUAAGUUUAGGCUGGAAGAAUAGCACCUGUCAUCAUGAUGGGCCGUCUCCCCACCCCCCUACAACAGCAACAGAGACUGGAAAGCGUGUGCCACCUUAGUGGAGAUUUCUGUAAACAAAACCUUUUGUAAAUUGUCAAAGCCACUCAGAGAAGAGCCAGCAGCAGUUUUACAUUGGGAGACCUUUUUAAUAAUGGAAAGUAUUUGUGCUGUAUUUUUUUAAGAAAUGUAAUUGCUUUUCACAGAGAUGGUAUAAAAUGAUUUUUUUAAA